UUCUGUAAAACUAUGUUAAAGUUAGCAGGAACAUUUUGUGGUUUAAGUGAUGUAAGCUGUACUUUGUCUAUUUUUGCAAAAGAGGGGGGCUUUGUUAUUGUACCCAUAUAAAACCUUUGUUUAAUCAUCGUGAGUUCAGUUCGAUUGCUGACUUUGCCCAGCUUCGGACUCCACGCGUGUAAUCAAUAAAUCUUUGCUUUGACCACAUCUUCCGGACCAGAGUUGUUAUUUGCUUGUGAGCCCUCCGUACUCCUUUUCUCCAACUUUUGAACCUUAACAUUUGGGGGCUCGUUCCGGUGGUUGGAGUGAGGACAAGACCAGGGAGGCGCUGGACAGGGUCCGAGGUGGUCAGGCGGACAGACGGAAAUCAGUGGUGGAAGUGAGGGGACAUUCGCCGGCGAAUUAAAAAAAGCAGGAGAAGACGAGGAAGCGGCUGUCAGAGUGGUGAGACGGGUUGUGGAAACCGAAAGUGAAGUACAACAGAGUAACUGAGGAGGCGGAGCUAGAAAACGUCAUAGGAGGAGGUGAGUGAGUGUGUGGCAGAAUGGGUGACAGGGCGACCUCUGGUGAAAUAAAAGGGUAUAAGCCCUUGAAGGCUCAGCUUGAACAGCUGAAGAAAGCUGUUCGACUGGCUAAUGCUGGAACAUUAAAAGCGGCUGAAAAAGAAUGUCAGGUUAUGGAGCUUGAGGUAAGUAAGCUCAUCACAUCUCAACAAAAGAAAUUGAGUGAUGAAAUAGCUCUGAGCUUGGUGUUUCAAGCUGAAGGGAAAAGAUGUGAAGAACAACUGAAGCAACUGGAAGAGGAGUCUGUGGGUCACUCAGUGAAUAGAAAGACCAAGGCAGAAAUGAAGGACCUCAGAGAAGUGCAUGACAAGUGCUCUAAGUGGUUGUUUUUGUGGAAUGCCGCAAAAUCUUGGAUGAAGGAGGAUGACACGGUCAGAGCAGGGGAUAUGGUGAGUAUAAUGGCUUCAGUAAAACAACUAAAAGAGGAAAAUAAGAAGUUGGAGGAGCAAAUGAGGAACUUGACCACAAAAACAGAGGAAACUGCUAGACCCUCAACACCCAAAAUAUACCCAUGGGCUAAUUUAAUGCCAAGUGCCCCACCCCCACCCUAUGCCAUGCCGGUGAUGACUUUGGAUGGAGGACAGGUGCGAGGGCCUAAAGGACAAAUAGGAACAGUCCUGGGAGGAGUGGUGAAUGUUGAAUACACUGGUGGACACAUAAGGAGACAAGAGGAAGAAGUAAGAGUAGGGGGGCGGCAGCCCUUUAGUGAAGGUGGGAGACCGGAGGCCUCAGCUGCAGAUGAAGGCCCAACCUCGCCACCAAGGGGAAUUAGGAGUGAUAUGCUGACGCCGUCCGAGGAACACCUGUUGGAUCAGCUAAGACAGGACAGACAGGAGGAGGGGAUACACACCCGAGAGGAGGGGCGGCCCACGAUGGAGCUGGGAGCCCGGCCCAAGCACAAGGGAUCGCCAGGUCCGCAGAAGGAAGGACAGGCCCAGAUGAGGAGAUCGGGUGGAGCAGAAAAAAUGCCCGACCGGGAACGCUGGGAAGGAGAAGUGCAUGGUCCUAUGUAUGAGGAGCCGGAGGCAUUGGUGAAGGUGUUCAAAGCAUUGGAACUGGCGAAGAGGAAAAUGCUUAAGGACUGGUCAAAGGAUAAAAUAGAAGAUGGGGUCUCCUGGAGUGAUGAAGAGGAGGAUGGCGAUGAAGAAGAAGCAGCUGAAGAGGGAGAAGUUGAGUCAGACCCAGGUCCAAGCAUAAGGCUGAGAAACCGCGAAGUAAAAAAGGAUGAAGGCGGAAAACAGAAGCAGGCCCCUCCAGGUCGGAGAAGAUCAAUGUUUGGGCCAUCAAAGGGAAAGACACAGGUGAAGAAAAAUAGAAGAGUAAUUUUUGAUAGAGGAGUACAGGAGGGACAACUGAAUAUGCCUCUGAUGUCUGGUUCAUGUGGUGAACCAGUGUAUAGAGCAUAUAAAAUCAGAGAUUUGGAAGCAUUGGUUAAACAACUUCCGCCCAUUACAGAAGGAGGGGCUAGUUGGCUGAGGAAACUGACCACACUGACCGAAGCAGAGGAGCUUGCUCUCGGUGAUUUUCGCGGGGUCGCUGGACGCUGCCUCCUGGGGGGGGGAUUGGCUGAUGUAGAGGGGCUAGCUGGCACCACUACGUAUGCUAAUGACCUCGCUCUUGCUGAGGUCCAAAGUGCCCUGUUUGAUGCUGUUCGUGAAAAGUAUCCAACACGCAACACCGGCACGAUUCCUAAGAUAAUUUGGGACCCUAAAGACACACCAGGGGAGUUCUUAGCUAAGGCUAAGGAGCAGUGGUUGAUGGAGACAGGCAUUCAUCCAGGUAAGGAGGGCGAAAGUCGGGCGUGGUUCCGUUCCGCCGUUCUAGCAGGACUGCCAAAACAGGUCACAGCAGACUUAGAGAAGAAUCCAGAUUUUGCAGUGGCAGACUCUGUGCAGUGGGAGAGGCAUGUGGUGCAUCGCCUCCAGCAGGAACAGGAUUCGGUGAAUAAACAAAAGAAAGAGCUCGAGGAAGCCCAGGCUCUGCUUGUCAAGUUGCAGUUGGGGGAGGCUCGCGACAAACUUAACAAUAAGAAAAAGGAGCUGAAAGAACCAAGCAAAAUCAUGGUGGCAAGGCCCGGGGCUGAUCCGGUGCCUGACUGGCCGGAUUUGGAUCCGAAUCUCUAUCCUGAUGACCGCUGGCCCGCCAACGCACCAGGGCAACGUAGACCCGCUGGGAAUUGGGGGACCGGUGGUUCGCAAAGGGGGCGUGGUGGAUCCGGCAGGGGCGGACUAAGAGCUCGGCCUCUGGGGUCUCCAGCGGACAAUGAUGGUUGGAGUGGCUGUUUCUUCUGUGGAGCGGAGGGACACUGGGCUCGAGAAUGCCCUGUGAGGCCCCGUAACUAUCCACGGCGAGGCUAUCAACCCCAGGCACGUGGAAACAUCAGAGGAGGAGCUGCGUACAGGGGGGCGCACCAAGCUCCGAAUCCCAAUGCAGCGCCUGUCGCCCAGUAUCCAGUCGCGAACUGGGGCUGGGACGGGGAGCAAUACUGACGGCGCCCGGAGAGACCGAACAGUGUGGGUGCGGCAGAACCCAUGCUGUCGAUGACCGUGGAAGGUACAGAACUACCCUUCCUGGUGGACACUGGAGCAACUUAUUCUACAUAGAGAGACACCCCUGACUGUGCAACGCUUUCAAAUAGCACAGUCAGUGUUGUGGGUUUCUCCGGGAUUCCGAUGACUCUGCCACUGACUGAUCCAGCUUUGACGCAGCUGGGAAAACAGACUUUGAAACACCAAUAUGUGGUGUCACCACAGGUGCCUGUAAAUCUCAUGGGCAGGGAUCUGCUUGUGAAACUGGGAGCAACUAUUAUGUGUUCGGCAGACGGCCUGACGGUCUCUCUGCCAGGAGGAAAAGAAUUCCCGUGCCUGGGAUCGCCUUCAAAGACUCAAUAUCUGGUCAGAGACCCUGAGCAGUCCACAGCAGAAAUAUACUGGGGACGACUGGUGGAGGAAGGCAUUCUGAGAACAUACCAGCAAUGGAGACCCUGGAUAAUGAGCUUGGCCGUCUACUCUGAGCCUAGAGAUCCUUACCACGUCACCCUUUUUUAUGAUAAGGAAGAAGACGACACCUAUAGGGAACAAUUUGAGAGUGAUCUAGAGGGAGAAACUUGGAAUGUAAAAACACACAAUAUUUACAUUGGACCAGAAGGUGUCGCCGCGGCUGUCAAAUUAACGGAUGAACAAUUGCCCUGGUACAAUGUGGGAGAGGAUUCAGCCCCUCACAUUACUUUGGCGGUCCAUGUUGGUCAUGAGGCACGAGAACUAGGGCCAAUGGUCAAGCGGGCGCUGGACAACUCUUGGUGGCAAGGUACGCAAAUUCCAAAUGUUUGGUAUGCUCCUAAAUGUAAAAUUUAUCGUAUACUUUGUUGGUCUAACGAUGCUGUGAUUUUAGAACACAAAGAAAUUUCCAGAACACAUGGCAGAGAGAAAACAGAUCAUCCAGACGCGGUGGCUGAACUCCCCAAACUGCCUGACACGUUGUGGUCCAGAGGGCCAACUGAUGUGGGUUUAGCUUCCUGUUCACCUGUUCUUUUCGAGCUGAAGUCGGAUGCACCCAUCAAUAAACCACAGUACAGGCACAAACCAGAGGCUGACGCAGGUAUUGCAGAAACCAUUGAAGGGCUGUUGCAGGUAGGGGUGUUAGAACCAUCACACUCAUACUGGAAUACGCCUAUUUUACCAGUUGAAAAACAGGGCACGGGGAAAUACAGGAUGGCACAUGAUUUGAGAGCUAUUAAUGCCAUACUACGUACUGAAACUGUUCCUGUGCCUAACCCAUACACAGCUCUCACUGCAAUUACAUGGGACCAGAAAUGGUUCACUUGUAUUGAUUUGGCUAAUGCCUUCUUUUGUCUUCCACUGCACGAGUCACUCAGAGACAUUUUUUCAUUUACAUACAGAGGCAGACAGUUCAGAUAUACACGGUUGCCACAGGGCUUUGCACUGUCCCCAGGCAUUUUCAAUCAGGUGCUGAAAGAAGCCCUGUCACCAUGUCAACUGCCUGAGGGCUGCACACUAAUCCAGUAUGUUGAUGACCUCCUAAUUGCAGCUCCUUCCGUGGCGGCGUGUACGGCAGCCUCGCUCGCAGUGUUGAAUCGACUGGCAGAAUGCGGCUUCAAGGUCAGUAAAGAAAAACUGCAGCUGGUCCGACCGGAGGUAACUUUUCUGGGCCGGGUGAUUGCACACAAAUCUGUGGGGUUAAUGAGCACACACAGAGACCAAAUUCUCACACAUCCCAAAGCACGAACGGUGAAAGAAUUGCUUUCUUUUCUAGGUUUGACAGGUUACAGCAGACAGUUCAUUCCAAACUACGCAGGUAAAACCGCCCCUUUAAGGGACCUGAUUAAGAAAGUCGGCGCUCGAAACCUGAGGGCUGAGUUGUCUUGGACACCGGCCACAGAGUCCGCGUUCAUUUCACUGAAGCAGGAUUUGUCGAGGGCCACUGAUUUGGCCACGCCAAAUUACGAUGAACCAUUCUACCUGGAUGUUUCUGAAACAAAUGACAUUGUAAAUGGUGUAUUGUUUCAGAAAAAAGGGGGGAGUAGAGAUGUGCUCAUGUAUGUUAGCAUAAAACUGGGCCCAAUAGAAGCAAGACAUCCAACAUGCACACGACACGCAGCAGGGGUCGCAAAAAUCAUCCAGAAAACAGCACACAUAGUAAGGGAACACCCACUGAAAGUGCUCACCACACACAGUGUAGUGGCUUAUGUGAACUCACAGGCGUUCACAAUGACCCCACUGAAACAACAGAGGUUGAGCAAAGUUUUAGAUGCACCUAACCUGACAUUCACACAUGAAGGCAUUAAUAUGGCAGAUUUAAUGGGGUCAGGGGAACCACAUGAUUGCGUGAAGAAAGCCCAGGUUGAAGAGAAAGUGAGAAAGGAUCUAAAAGCGGAACCCAUAGCAGGAGCAGAGGAGUGGUUCACAGAUGGAUGCUGCCACAGAGAUGAAGAAGGACUUAAAGCAGGGUAUGCUGUAGUUCGCAGAGUAGGGCAGGAGUAUCAGGUAAUAGAGGCAGGAAGGAUUGAGGGACAGCAGUCAGCCCAGAGAGCUGAAGUGAUAGCCCUGAUCCGAGCGCUGCGGUUGGCCAAGAACCUGAAAGUGAACAUUUACACUGACUCAGCAUAUGCGUUUGGAGCCGCACAGGUGGAGCUGGCUCAGUGGAAGAGAGCUGGAUACAGAACUGCAACCAACGCACCGAUUUGCCACAAGAAGGAAAUGGAGGAACUGGAGAAAGCCCUAGAAGAUCCAGAUGAGGUGAGUAUUGUAAAAUGCAAAGGACAUUCACAGGGAGACAAUCCGGUGGCAAGAGGAAACCGGACAGCGGAUGAAGCUGCAAAAAAGGCCGCAGGCUACAAAGGACAGAGACAAAUGGUGCAGGUAACGGCAGAAGAAGAGGGGAGCACCAACACCUGGGAGGAGGUCAGACAGGCUCAGAAGGAAGCAUCCCCAGAGGAAAAGGGGGUGUGGCAGGCUAGAGGAGCCUGGCAGGAGGAAGGCCUGUGGAGGAGCCCGGACGGGCGUCCAGUUUUGACGACUAAAAUGGCAAAGCAGAAGGUAAGUGAAGCUCAUGGACUGGGCCACGUGGGUAUAAAACAGAUGGAGAAAAACUUGUGUCGAUGGUGGCACCCGGAAUUAAGGAACAUGGUACAGGAGAAGGCCAGAACAUGUUUAAUCUGUGGAGCACACAAUCCCAAACCAGCAGUGAAACCAGAGCCGGGUAAGUUUUUGAUCCCUGAGAGACCAGGAGAGGAGAUUGUUAUUGAUUUCACUGACAUGAUUGAGACAGGUCCCGGUGGUGUGAGGUAUUUGUUGGUGUGUGUUGAUGCCUUGACCGGCUGGCCCGAGGCUUGGCCAACCCGGAAGGAAGACGCAAAGAGUGUAAUAAAGUGUUUGAUUAACCAUUACAUUCCGCGACACGGGUUUCCCCGAAGGAUUAGAUCAGAUAAUGGCACACACUUUAAAAACCAGGAUCUGCAAGAAGUAGAGAGAAUGUUGGGAGUGCAGCAUAAAUUUGGGACAGUGUAUCAUCCCCAGUCUCAGGGAAAAGUAGAAAGAAUGAAUCUGAA